CGCGCCUCCAGCUCCCUAUCGAGAGCCUUCCGUGGGAUUUGCAUAUUCUGCGUGUCUGGCAGUAGGAGGAGGGAGGUUGGUAUAAAAGAGUAGCAAGCAGCCUCUGAUUCAUCUGUGGACCCAGAACUCGGCGCACAUCGACGAGAGCCUUACGAAAUAUUCAAGGGAAAAUUCAUGUCAUAGAGUUCAGUUCAAUAUUUACAACCCAUUCUUCUCAUCUCCGAGCUCGACAUGGAGCAAGAAUAUGACGGUGUCGAGACGCUGCAUUAUUCCGUGGGGAUCCUCAGUAUAAGCGCAGGUGCUCUGUUGCUGGCUGUGAAUUACUAUUCCACUGUUCCGCUGAUCCCCAGCACGGCUCUCGGUGUUUUACUGCUUAUCGUGGCGGCUCUCCUAUGCUAUACAGGUAUACGGAAGAGUUCAAAUCAAGCUAUCCCUUUUGUGAAUCUAUGCCUGACAGUGUCUGUUCUGUGGUGUGGAUCUGGCCUGAUCCACAUCUUAAUGGGAGCAAAUGUAGUUCAGAGUGAUUCAGUCAGAAAUGCUCUGGUCCCUGGUUUUGUGGCUUUAGUCUUGGCACUCUUCAUCAUUGGGGUUUUGGGGAUCAUCCAAAAGGAUGUAAUCCCUGGUGUGAUUGCCUUUGCUAUUUCUCUUGCUACUGCUCAUGAGAUUGCUGCAUUAUAUAAUAAAUCUUUUGGUCAUUCUGCAGUGGCUUCAAAUUAUCUGAUCGUGUCCUUUAUCGGCAUUUACUUUGGCUUGGGCCGUGCUUCUGUCUUCAUAAGCAAAGGACAAAUAACUUUCCCCGGGACUACUCUGUCCAAGAAUAAGUCCCAUGUGAAAUUGACAUCGACAAGCCUCUUUAACAAUGACACAGUAGUUCUGGGAUACAUUACUAAUAUGCUAUCUGCCAGUGUGUUCGGAUGUCACCUAUUGGGUGUAACUUCCGAUCUGUUUGUUGGUCAGAUUCCCUGGCUGUGGACAGCAGGCGUCUACCAAAUUAUAGUUUGUAUUUUGUCUUUCAGGGCUUUUGACACACUGAAUGCUACGUUCUUUGGUUUGACCUCCAUAUUAAAAUUUGCAGAGGGAUAUGCAUUGCUGUACAGCAUAUGGCAAAGCACCCAACCCUUCUUCCCAGUUCCAGUCCCGAUUGUUCUUGCUGUCCUAUUUUUCACGCUGGCUCUGUUCAUGACCAGUAAAAGCCUCAUUGAUGGAUUGUAUCCAUUGUUUUUUGUUGCCUAUUGUAUAGCUGUAUCAGCUCGCUCCACAGGUUUUUUCCAUGGUGGAGCACAAGGGGUCAGUGUGGCUAUAUUUAUAGCAUCUGCUUGCGUUAUUUUAAUUUCCCUUUUCAAUAUCAAAGGGCCCCUGACAUAUCCCACUGGAGAAGGGGUUGUUAAAACUUUAUUCAGUGGGAUGAAUGCCUUAUCUCUAAAGUCAGGUAAAGACUUCCAUAACCCAUAUUUAGGAUACUCCAGAUACUCAGACGCUGAGAUUCUAGCCCAUGCCUGCAAUGUUGUGGCUUGUUUUGCCAUCACUGUAUCAAUCAAUCCUUUGGCACCUUUAGCCACUGUAGUUUUGCCUUGGAUUGUUAUUCCUGGUGGUGUCCUUCAGAUCCUGUGUGGCUCAAUCUCUUUUUCUCGGGGUAAAACCCUUGAAAGCUGUGCUUUCAUGCUGUAUGGUUUAAUAUGGAUAAUCUGGGGUUUGACCAGAUAUGGUGGUCUCUAUGGUUCGACUAGGGGGUUUGGCAUUGCUGUGGGAAUUAUUUGCUUCCUGCUCUUUAACAGUUUUGUGGUGAUUGGCACUUGCUUUCUGAACACUGCAUGGUUUGCCUUGUCACUCAGCUUUCAGUUGAUCUUAAUAAGCUUCCUUUUGGACGCCAUUAAUGCAAUUCCUUAUGGAUAUGAUAUUGGAGUCACUAUCAUUUUUGGUUUGAUUAGUUUUUACUGCUUUCUGGCCACCCUCUUUAACCAAAGCUUUGAGAAACCCCAGUUACCUCUGGGACGGGCUUGGGCAAGCCUGUGUGGCUUUGGUCAGAACAAAUCGGUGUGCCCUCAUCUGCCUUCAAGAAAAACCACCUCGGUCAGAAAGAUUGCAGAAAUUAUGAAAAAUGGAGGAAUCUGUGGUAUUCCAACAGACACUGUGUAUGUGUUGGUGGCAGCCUGCAAUUGUCCUGAUGCUGUCGAGAAGGCUUACAACACAAAGAAGCAGGCCAAGGAGAGGCCCAUGUCUCUGUGGAUCUCCAGCUUAGCACAACUGGAGCCAGUUAAACAUCUGUUAAACCCUCUAUUGUGGGACUUUAUGCAGGCAGUUUGGCCAUCGUCUAUCAGCCUUGUCAUCCCCAGGGGUGAAUGGCUGGAACCAUUUGGACUGAAACAUGCAGAUAAGUACAUCGGGACACCUCAAAGCAUCGCCAUUAGGAUUCCAGACUGUGCCGUUACAACACAUCUCAUUGAUCAGGUGGGCCCCAUAGCGGUGACAUCAGCAAAUCCAACAGGAGAAGCAGACACCACACACCACAAUCAAGUCUAUGCCAAACUUGGAGAAAAGGUUAAUGGAGUAUUGUGUGAUGGGCCGUCACCUGAGAAUAUUGCCUCUACUGUUGUAGACUGUACCAAGAUAGAGACGGGUACACUUGGUUUCUUUAGAGUUGGCAUUGUGCCCAAAUCAGAGAUUCUGCAGAUAUUCGAAAACGUGCAGAAGAAAUCUCUGAAAGGUCAUUCCAAUGAUGGAUUCCUUGAUGAUCAUUCAGAACCUAACACAGUUCAGCAGCCACAGGCUCCAGAUGGCUUUGACAACAUGGGCUUUGUAAAUGAGAAGCAAGAUGAUAAGUUGUAGUAUAAAUGUAUUACUGAAGAAAUAUGUAAACAUUUGAGCAUCCUUUUGCAAACAAAACUAUAAACACAAAAAUAACAUCGCAAAGGAUGUUGACGGGCCUGAUGAUUGGUUUCUGCACCUUCUGAGUUUAUGACAAAUUUCCAUGAUCUGCAUGAUUUUGCAAUGUUUUGCUGUUGUAUUUCAUGAGCCAUGGUACAAUAACUGUGGUUAAUAUUACUGUAAGAACACAAUUAACUGACUGUAAAGGUAUCAAUUAGUGAUCAAUUACUAUGUAAGGCAGUUUUGUGCCCUUCACAUACACAAAAAUGAUCAAGCGCAUAACUGAGUCAAAUUGUAAGUGAACUUUUAAAAAUGGCCACGAGUAGAAGAAAACCAAUGGAAUCAGAGAAGGGUAAGAGUAAAAAAGGAAGUAAUUUAACCGAUCAUGUCCUGCACCAAUACAUGCACUUGACCCACCUCAUUCUCAAGAAGCAUAACUAAUUCUGCUUUUCUUGAUGGAUUAGAAAUGUAGUGUUCUGGACAUAUUGGAAAUUCUUUCAGCCUUUCUGUUCUAGCACUAUCCCAGUUUUCCUUGGGAUGAUUAAAAUUUUGCAAUAUAACUACCAAAUUAUUUUUCCACCUCUUGGUAAUCUCUCUGCAUACAGUAUUUGCUCUUCCACGUCACACUCACUUGUUGGAGGAGGAAUUAGAAACAUAGAAAAUAGGUGUAGGAGUAGGCUAAUCGGCCCUUCGAGCCAGCACCACCAUCAAUAUUAUCAUGGCUGAUCAUCCAAAAUCAGUACCCCGUUCCUGCUUUUCCCCCCAUAUACCUUGAUUCCUUUAGCCUUAAGAGCUUCAUCUAAACUCUCUCUUGAAAACAUCCAGUGAAUUGGCCUCCACUGCCUUCUGUGGCAGAGAAUUCCACAGAUUAUUCACAGAGACUCAGACAGAUGAAGUGUAAUUUGACUACAGUAAUGCUAGUUGGGAUAUAACUAUUUUUCUUCUCUGAACUUCUGUGGUUUUUAUGUGCAUAAAAAUUGCAGAGCUUUGAAAAGGAGCACAUUUGCCCCGUCAAAUGUGGAUUCAUCCCCAAAAGCUUUAGGAAAUGUUCAUGUUCAUGUCAUUGAUGCUGUGGAGCAACAAAUCUGAAUAUUUAUCUCAUAUUUAUUCUGAAUUCAAUAAAAGAUGUAUAUAAGGAAAUUGAAAUUUGACAAAGAGAGGGGUGUAAUUGCACUUUAUAUUGUAUGCAUAUUUUUAAAUAAAAAUAUCUUGGUUUCUAAA